AUGGAACUGUUAAGGAGCCUUCUCAUUUCACUAUUGCUUCUUUGCUUUACUUCAUCCAUAGUUGUUCUUUCCCAAGAUCCUCAAGCAGGCUUUAUAAGUUUAGAUUGCGGGACUCCCAGGGGCGAAAACUAUACCGACAGCAAAACAGGCUUAAAUUACAUAUCGGAUGCGACCUUCAUCGGCGACAACGACAACGCCGUCGGCAAAAUUGUGUCACCGUAUUACAAGGAUCUUGUCAUCGACAGACAGUUGAUAGCUCUCACCACGUUUCCUCAAGGGAUUAGGAACUGCUACACGUUGCGGCCGGCUCAAGGGAAGCUCAAUAAGUACUUGAUACGGGCUAGAUUCUUCUAUGGAAACUACGACGGCAAUGCCGAUAAACAGCUCCCGCAGUUCGAUGUCCACCUCGGUGUCGAGUAUUGGGACACCGUGAAGUUUGAUCCCAAGUACGAUAUUAUUUCUGUGGACAAGGAGAUCGUGCAUAUUCCUUACUCCGACCUCGUACAUGUGUGCCUUGUCAACACGGGGCUCGGCACGCCCUUCAUCUCCGCCCUCGAGCUCCGCCCUCUCAACAAUUCUAUGUACCCUACUGUUUCCGGCGGAUCUUUGAUGAUGAACAUACGGUUUGAUAUAGGCUCCAUGGCUACACAAGUUCUCAGGUACAAGGACGAUGUGUUUGACCGUAUGUGGGUGCCGUUUACCAUGGCUACUGCUACACCAGUAAACACUACAUCAACCGUGACCGUCAGAAACACAAACUUCUUCAAGGUGCCGCCGGGGGUAAUGAACACGGGACUUGUGCCGUCGGAUCCAACGAAGCCGUUGACGUUCUGGUGGCCGACAAACAGUUCCUCGGAUAAACUCUACAUCUACAUGUCCUUUGCCGAAAUCCAAGAACUUAAACCCAACCAAACCCGAGAAUUCAAUAUCUACCUUAACGGCGAAUUUUACUUUGGUCCCAUUGCGCCGCCGUAUUUGAGGGCUACAACGUUGUUCGGCAAAACACCAGACAGCAAUCGCACUGAGUACCAUUUCUCCCUCAAUAAGACCCAAAACUCCACGCUUCCUCCCAUCAUCAACGCUCUUGAGGUUUAUUACUUGAAAGAAUUCAAUGUACCUCUGACCGAUGACAACGAUGCUGCGGCCAUGAUUAACAUCAAGUCAGUUUAUGGGGUGGGCAAGAAUUGGCAAGGAGACCCUUGUUCUCCGGCGUCUUAUGCGUGGAUUGGUAUCAAAUGUAACUAUCCUGGCUUCAGUCCCCCAAGAAUCACAUCCAUGAAUUUGUCAUCGAGUGGGUUGACCGGAUCAAUAUCUCCUUACAUAUCAGACCUUAAAAUGAUACAAGUCAUAGAUCUAUCCAACAAUAAUUUGACUGGACCUAUACCUGAUUUUCUAUCUCAACUGCCUUCGCUCAGUGUUCUAAAUUUAAGUGGAAACAACUUCUCAGGGCCUGUCCCGGCAAAACUGCUUCAGAAAUCGAAACAAGGAAACUUAACAUUGAGCAUUGAGAGUGUGGGCUCCAGUACGAAUAGCUGCCAAAAUGGUUCCUGCGACGACAAGAAGAAGAAAAACGUCGUCGUUCCGGUUGUAGCAUCGGUGGCCGCUGUACUGCUACUAGUGCUGGCAAUAGUUGGCAUCCUUUUGAUCAUUAAAUGGAGAAAACAAAGAGAAGCAAAAGUUGAUGGUUUACACACCAAGAAUCGACGAUAUAGUUUCGCAGAAAUCAGAGAGAUUACAAACAACUUUGAGAGAGUACUUGGUAAAGGUGGAUUUGGAACGGUUUACUAUGGGAGUAUAGAUGGUACCCCAGUUGCAGUCAAGAUGCUGUCAUCAACCUCAGGCCAAGGCUUCAAGGAGUUUCAAGCUGAAGCCAACGUUCUAAUGAAUGUUCAUCAUAAAAACUUGACGUCCCUUGUGGGGUACUGCAUUGAGGGCACAAACAUUGGGAUCAUCUAUGAAUUCAUGGCCAAUGGAAAUUUACACCAGCAUCUCUCAGCUGGAAACCAUAACGUUCUAAGCUUCCGGGACAGACUCCAAAUCGCUGUAGAUUCUGCUCAAGGUUUGGAGUAUCUUCACCAUGGUUGCAAGCCACCCAUAGUGCACAGAGAUGUCAAGUGCACAAAUAUCCUGCUCAAUGAAAAAUACCAAGCGAAAAUAGCAGAUUUUGGUUUAUCACGAGCUUUUCCAACCGAAAAUGGCACUCAUAUCUCAACAAAUAUUGCCGGCACUCUAGGAUACUUAGACCCUGAUUAUAACAUAACUGAAAAGAGUGACGUGUUCAGUUUCGGUGUUGUUAUUUUGGAAAUAAUCACAAGUCAACCUGCAAUAAUAGGGAAAGCUCCUGACCAAGAACAUAUUACUCAUUGGGUCACAACCACGCUGGAGAAUGGGGACAUUAAGGACGUAGUUGAUCCCAGGUUACUGGGCGAGUUUGACGUUAAUUCGGCUUGGAAAGCUGUGGAGCUUGCAAUGGCUUGUGUGUCUCAAGAUGCCGACCAAAGACCCACCAUGAAUGUGGUUGUGAAUGAGUUGAAGGAAUGUUUGGCAACGGAAAUGGCCAGACAGGGCACAAGUUCACAAAGUUCGAUCAAUAAUUCGUCUAUAGCCACUUUUGACUUAGAAUCUGGGCCCGUGGCAAGGUAGUGGCUCAUCGUCAUAUUCAACUCCGAUUUCAUACUUUAUCAAUUCAAUUUUUAUUUUUUUUACUUGA